AUGCAUCGGCUCACUAGCUUAUUGAGUCUUUCAUUAGCAAUCGCAUCCGGAACCAAAGCUUUGGAUGCUUCCAUAUUCACCUUCGGCCCAUCUCCACCAUGGCAGAAUAUGAAGACUCCGGUGGUAACCGAUGAUGUAGCUCGGCAUAUUUUGGAGCUCCGAAUGAACGUACCUACCGUUUCGGCUCUUGGAAAGUGGGACCAAGACAUAGUCGAGCUUUUGGACAGAUAUGGCGGCGCGCGGCAUUCGUUGUUUGGCGGCGAUAUCGACUAUAAGGACGUCACUAGGAGCCUUGUGAUUCUUGAAGGGAUAGGUGCUGGGCUUGGAUCUGCCAUUCAGCAAGAGUAUCAAGGAGACCUCAUGAUUGGUAGCCCUUCGGCUAACUACCUAAUUGAUGGUUUCCUCGACUCAACAUCAGAGGCUAACUCUGACGGCUAUGUUACGGCCACAAAGAACUAUUGCAAAUCCGAUAGCGGAGGCGGAAUCAGCUUCGAUGUUCUUCAAACGAUUGAAAAUUGCAUUCCUAAGGGCUCUGCAUUCGAAGCGGUAGCCCACGUGUUUGGCAAAGAGCUUCUCGGCAUUGUGAAGGUGGCAGAAACGUGGGUGGACGAGCAGAGUUUGACAGCUGUCUUGAAAAUCUCAUUUCAGGUUCCUGAUGAAUAUGUGGGCUCUGGCUCUGUAGUUGAUUCACUGACGUCUGUUCUUCAUGGCCUACGUGCUCUUUCGUCAGAAGUCAGUCAGGUUACAGCAGUUCUUCUGCCUACAAUCAACCAAGGUAAAGGUUUGAAACGUAAGGUGGAUCCUCGAGAAGCCGUGAAAGAGGAAGCUUCUGUCAGAUCCAGCAGCGCAGCAGUUAUGACGACGCUUCAGAGGCAAACACAUCCUGUUUGUUUCACCUCGAAUUCCUCGUGCAAUUUGGCAACUGAUAGCUGCUCUGGACAUGGGUUUUGCUAUAAAAAGUCCGGUUCAGCCAACGAUGAGGCCGCUAGCGACUGCUACGCAUGCAAAUGCAAGUCGACCAUCGUCACCAAGGAAGAUGGCACUGUUCAAAAAAUUCGGUGGGGAGGGCCUGCGUGCGAAAAAAGAGAUAUCAGCUCCCCUUUCUUCUUGAUUGCAGGUAUCAGUGUACUGGUGGUCAUGGCGGCAGGUACUGCCGUUGGGAUGUUGUUUCACAUUGGACAAAAUGAGUUGCCUGGUGUUAUAAGCGCUGGGGUUGGCCCGGCAAAAGCGCAGAAGUGA